AUGCUGAUCGGAACUACGAACCACUGGUGGAAGGUCCGCGUUACAAUUCCUGGAUAUUGGCAGCAAUACGAACGCGUCCAAUUCGAAUUCGAUCCUGGCUGCGAGGCUAUGAUCUACACAGUUGACGGCUUGCCGCUGCAAGGCAUCACAGGUGGUUACGGAGGCGACCGGAGGGUCGAGUAUAUAAUCCCUCCUGAAGCAGUACAGAAAGGCUUCCAUGAAUUCGUAAUCGAGUCUAGUUGCAACGGUAUGUUUGGUGUGCCUUGGAAUGGCGAUACCAUCCAACCCCCCGACAUGAACCGUUAUUUUACACUUGCCUCCGCCGACCUCGUAGUACCAAAUCAGCAGGCAUGGGCGCUGUUUUGGGACUUCGUCACAUUGCGCGAGAUUGCGGAUACGCUUCCUGGGAAUACGCCUUUGCAAAACAAGGCCUUGAGCACGGCCAAUGAGAUCAUGAACGUCUUCAACAAGGGAGACGCGUCCGAUAUCAACCGGGCACGUAAGUUGGCUGAGGAGGUAUUUGGCGAGGGCUGGGAGAGCAAGGGUGCUGCUAUCUAUGACGAAGGACCGAAGAAGUCACUUGUUUGGGGUAUAGGUCAUUGCCACAUCGACACGGCUUGGCUAUGGCCGUACAGAGUCACUCAACAGAAGGUUGCCAGAUCUUGGUCGACUCAAGUUGACCUCAUGGAGCGCUACCCGGAACACAGAUUCACCUGCAGCUCCGCACAACAGUAUAAGUGGCUGGAGCAGUUGUACCCACCGCUCUUCGACCGAGUGAAAGAAAAGGUCCUGGACGGAAAGUUCCACCUCGUUGGCGGUUCCUGGGUUGAAAACGACUCGAACAUGCCUUCUGGGGAGGCGUUGGUUCGACAAUUCCUCUUUGGACAACGUUUCUUCCAGUCAAGAUUUGGGAUCCGCUGUGAUACAGCGUGGUUGCCCGACUCGUUUGGCCUUACUGGUGCUCUGCCACAAAUCAUCAGAGGGUCGGGGAUGAAGUAUUUCUUUACACAGAAGCUGUCCUGCCUACGUCGACGUCCGCCUCCGUCGGUUAUACUAACGAACCUCAGAAAUAAAUUCCCUCACUCGACCUUCAACUGGGUUGGCAUUGAUGGCACACAAGUUCUCUGCCACAUGACCCCUGUUGAUACCUACACAGCGCAAGCAACGACGGGAGACGUGAACAAGGCUAUCAACAACCACAAGAAUCUCGAGUCUUCGGAUACGGCAUUGCUUGUCUUUGGGAAUGGCGAUGGAGGAGGAGGACCCUUGUCGAAGAUGUUGGAGAAUCUUCGUCGCAUCAGAGCUGUUACGAACACUCAUAGGGAAUUGCCGCCCGUCAGUAUGGGCCACUCUGUUGACGAGUUCUUUGAGGACUUGAAUGAAUCAUCGAAGGGUGGCAAGACGUUGCCAAACUGGCAUGGCGAACUAUACUUGGAGUUCCAUCGCGGCACAUAUACGUCCCAUGGCUCGAUAAAGAAGGGCAACAGGCACUCUGAGAUAUUGUUACGGGAUGUCGAGCACGCAUCAACUUUGGCAACCCUUCUCUGCGACAAGUCAUCCAAGUUUGUGUACCCCAAAUCCAGGAUAGAUGAAUGCUGGGAGAAGGUCCUUUUGAACCAAUUCCUUCCCGGCUCUGCAAUCGGAAUGGUAUACGACGAUGCCGAAAAGCUCUACGCUGAAGUUCGUAAAGACGGCGAUGCCAUGCUCGAUGAAGCUUUCAGCGUUCUCUUCCCAGAUUCUCGUCCGAUGACUACGGCUACAGUUUCAAACAUUCAACAGCUUAUAGCCUACAACACCACCUUCUUCCCUCGACAACAGGUUGUGAAGGUGCCCUUCAACCGUUCCAAGGGCGUCAGAGCCCAUGGUCUGCAAGUUUCUCGCACGGAAGAUGUUGCAUAUUGUGUUAUGGGUGCUAAAGCUGCCGGACCAAGCCAAGCUAUCUCGGACUUGAACGACAUUGCUCCCGUCUCUGUUUACACAAAUGGCUCCGACCAUUUCGUGCUUCGCAAUGCCUUCAUUCAGUUGACGAUAUCUAAAGGACGUAUCACGAGCUUGCUUGAUCUAAAGCUUGGACGGGAACUUAUCACGGAGGGACAAACAGGCGGCCUCGUCAUCUUCGAGGACCGGCCCAACUACUGGGACGCCUGGGAUGUCGAAAUCCAUCAUCUGGAAACGGCCACACCCUUGGCAUUCUCCAAAGUCUCGGUGGUUGAGUAUGGUCCUCUUCGCGGUACUGUCAAGGCUCAAGUUCAAUAUGGAAAGAGCUCAAUCGAUGUUACAAUUUCGCUUGAUGCCACUUCAGCGACCCUCAAGCCUCAAUCACGCUCAAUGUUCGUCUUCGACGCAGUCGUCGACUGGCACCAACGGCAUGAAUUCUUGAAAUUCGAACUCCCACUGAACAUCCAUAACGAUAACGCCACUUAUGAAACUCAAUUUGGCUUCGUCCAACGCCCGACGCACAAGAACACGACCUGGGACAUGGCAAAGUUCGAAGUCUGCGGACAUAAGUACGCAGAUUUGAGCGAGUUUGGCUAUGGCGUUGCGCUCUUGUCGGAAUCUAAGUAUGGAUUCUCUUGCACGGGGAAUAUCCUUCGGAUUUCGUUACUCAGAGCCGCAACAGCGCCGGACGCAGAACAAGACCAAGGCAAACACGAGUUCUCCUGGGCCGUGCUACCCCACGAGGGUCAUUUCCUGGAAUCGGACGUACCAAUGGCGGCUUAUCUCUUCAAUUCUCCUCUUUAUCUUCGCUUUGUGGAGCAUAGCAUCUCCCCAUUGAAUUACCCGAAGUCGCCGUUCAUUCUCGAAGGUGCGAGAAAUGUAGUUCUCGAAACCAUAAAGCGUGGGGAAGACGAUGCAUAUUCCGCCACGAAGGGCAAAAAAUCAGUCACGACGAUCAUCCUUCGUCUGUAUGAGGCCUUCGGUGGACACGCCAACGCUCAACUAAGGAUUGCAAGCCAUAUUCCUGUGGCCAAGGCAUAUCUCACAAACUUUUUGGAGGACGAACAGAGUGGACUCCAUUUACAUUCCACCGACCAUGCCAGUCAAUCAGAUACUUUCGUGAAACUCGAUUUCCGCGGAUUCGAAAUCAAGACCGUGAAGUUGGUGAUUGAUACCAGUGAAGAUGCGAAUGCGAAGAGAGAUAGCUGGGUAACCAUAUAA